ACAGAUGUGAGUCACUGCACCUGGCCUAAAUCAGUGAUUCUUAACCAGAAACAAUUUUUCUUCUCUGGGGACAGUUGUGAUCGUCACUACCAGGGACUGGGGGUAGGUAGUUUCAUCUACUUCCAUCACUUUAAAUAUAUUUUAAAUGUCAGUGACUCCUGAAUUUUGAUCUCUAGCCUGUACCUCUCCCCUGAGCCACACAUUUGUGUGUCCAGCUGCUUUAUGUGGCAUCUCUACCUGGAGGUCUCUUGAGCAUCUUGGGAUGUCCAGCAUGGAGCUCUCGAUAAUUCCCCUCUGAAAUCUGUUCCUCCCUGGCUUUCUCUGUCGCAGUAAAUGGUAGCACCUCCACCCAGUGGCUCGGGCCAGAAACCUGGGAGUUGUCCUGAUCCUCUUUACUCCCUUCAGCUAACCAGAGGCAGGUUCCACCAGAUGCCCUGAACGUGUUUAAUGAUCCGUGUGCAGCGGCCCAUCUUAGGUCUUUCUGUCUGAGUGGAAGGAACAAAAAGUUGCUCUUUCACGGCUCACCAGUCUGGAGAUGAAAGACGAUUUCCUCCAUGGACUGCAGAUGCUAAAAUCUCUACAGAGCAAACGUGUUGUCACACUGCUUGGCUACUGUGAGGAUGACAACACUAUUCUUACUGAAUAUCACCCCUUAGGCUCCUUGAGCAACUUGGAGGAAACACUAAACCUUUCCAAGUACCAGCAUGUGAACACAUGGCAGCACCGCCUGCAGCUAGCCAUGAACUACGUCAGCAUCAUCAACUACCUGCACCAGAGCCCCCUGGGCACACUGGUCAUGUGCGACUCCAACGACCUGCCCAAGACACUCUCCCAGUAUCUGCUGACCAGUAACUUCAGCAUUGUGGCAAAUGACUUGGACGCCUUGCCCCUGGUGAACCACAGCUCCAGGACGCUGGUGAAGUGCGGCCACAGGGAGCUGCAUGGAGAUUUUGUGGCUCCGGAGCAACUGUGGCCCUUUGGAGAGGAUGUGCCUUUUCGUGAUGAUCUCAUGCCCUCCUAUGACGAGAAGAUCGACAUCUGGAAGAUCCCAGAUGUUUCUGGUUUCCUUCUGGGGCACGUUGAAGGGAGCGACAUGGUUCGAUUCCAUUUGUUUGAUAUUCAUAAGGCAUGUAAGAGCCAGACUCCUGCAGAAAGACCCACUGCUCAGGACAUUCUGGACACUUAUCAGAAGGUUUUGAAUUCACUCAGAGAUACCGUGAUGUCUCAGACAAGAGAAAUGCUAUAAAAACCAGUCCAGUCAUUGAAGGAUGGGAUUUAAGAACUGAAUGGAAGUUACAGCAGUUCUACUCUGACACUGGAGUUUUUUGCCUGAGUCUCAUGUUUCGUUGCUUUUUGCCGUUUAGCCAUGUGGUUCUUUUUCUACAUCCCUGUGCACGUUUGAGCGUGUUCUGCUUAUCCUGGCCACCUGGUUGCAAAUUGCUAGGCAAGAACAAACCAGGCCUGAUUUAAAUCUGGCUUUGCCUUUCUAAUGCCAGUUGCUUCCUGGUGAAGAUGUGGAGAAGCCGUGAAUCUAAUCAGUAUUCAAGGGAAGUAACAAAAAUGUAGCCACACUAAUAAAUGGAUUUAUAAGUUUGCAAGAAA